AACAAAUACCGCGUUCUUUAAAUUUCAAAUCCAAAAUUCCUCUCUUAACCAAAUCCUAAUGGCGAACUUUCACAAAUCCAAAUCCGAUUACGACCACCACCGCCGCCGCAACCAUUGUUGCAAACGGCAUCCAAAGCACCACCAAUCUCCCGGCGUUUGCUCUCUCUGUUUAACCGAAAAGCUCUCACGAAUUCUCUCCGCCGCUACGACGACGAGUUCUUCGCGUAAAACCUCCGAUUCUCUUUCUUCUUCUUAUUCCUCUUCUUAUUACUCCUCUGCUUCAUCUUCUUCUUCCUGUUCUUCGCCGAAUCUUUACCAUUACAAUACGGAUCGUCGUAAGACGGCUUUUGUGUUUUCUGCGUCUUCGAUCUUUAAGAAGAGUAAAUCGAUGGCGGCGAUUGUGCCGAGGUUGAGGGGAAGAACAGAGAGUGAGAGUGAAAAGAAGAGUAACUUAGGGUUUUGGUCGAGGUUUCUGAAUCGGCCGAGACGGAAGAGGAUGGAAUUUCAGGAUGUUUUGAUGCACUCGAGAACUAUCGUCGAGAGGAACGUGCAUGGCUAAACAGAAUCGGCUUGAUUCGGUUGGCUUGAAGAUUCGCGAAGAUUGUGAUUUCUUCAUUCUUUUUCAUUUCUUUUUCUUUUUUCUUUUUCUUUAAACAGAUUCAAUUAGAUCGAUAGGGUUUGAGAAGAUUUUGUUUUUGUAAAUAUGUUACUAAACCAUACGGAAUUGGUGAAGAUUGCAGAAACCGCCUUCGAUUA